AUGGCAUUCUACCUUCAGUCUGGCAUAUUCAAUGACUGGUUAUAUGUAGUCCUUGGGCCGCUGGUGCCCCCAAUUCUAGAAAGCUGCGUGUCAGUCAUGCUUGAAGUCGAUCUUGAUCCCAAGGAAAAGAAGACGAGCAAAAAGUCCAAAUCUUUACAUGGGAUAGUGAAAUCCGUGAUGAAGAUCCCUACAGCACUCGUUACAAUCUACAGGGCGUUUGGGAACCCUUGGAAGUUCUUCCUGAUGUCGGCGUUUCAGAUAAUAGCUACUAUUAUCUCCUCACAAGUGGCCAACGAAGCGCAAAGUCGAAGACUCAGACGCGAGACAGAGCUGGACGAUGUGCUGACCAAGGCGCUGGCCGCACUGGAAGCAGUGGGGAAAUUGGAUGUACUCAGAACGCCGGCAGCAUCGGAGGCACUGGGUACAUUGAAGUGGGACGUGGAGGCAGCACUGGCUGCAAGAAGAGGAGUGACCGGGAGCGGAGCACUGGCUGCGGUCAGAGAACUGGCUGGACGCGCUGGGAUUUCGCCCUCCUCGGAAGACGCACUCACCAAGGCAAAGUCCAGGUAUACCGCCAGCCUUAAACUGCAGGGUGUGAUCCUUUUCUCUCAGAAACUCGUACUCUCGUUCGCCUUUAUGGCGUGUGGCUUGGGAGGGGUGGACCAAGUCACCCUCACUUCGCUGUCCCACAGAAUGUUGGCGUUAGACGACAUAUGCGACAAGAUAGCGGAGAAUAUGCCAAACACUGGACGGAUUUUCCGCUUGAUGGCGGAGGGAGCGUCGCCAUGGAGCUCGAACGGUUUCAGGACGAUUCAUGCAAACUUUAUCAAGGCAUGUCAGGCCACCUGGAAAGCGCGUGUUAUGCCUCUGGGCGAAGUACCUGGUUUUAAGGAACACAUAGGGCGGUUUGAGGAUAGACUAUGUUUACCCCUGUGGCCUACAGAGGCUGAGGAUAGAUCACAAAACGGGAGCCAACACUGA